AUGUUCUUUCUUUCUUAUCAAUAUACUGUUAUUGUUUUUCAUUCAUUCAAGUUUUUUCUCUUUUUCAUAGCGUUUUUUUCUUUCUUAGAUUAUUUUUUUAUCCAUGUUUUGUUUUCUUUUUUUAUAUUUUAUUUUUUAUCAAUGUUCUGCAGUCAUACAUUCUCCUUACAAUAUUUUAUAUUUUUUUCGGUUAAUGACGAUCUUAUAUUCUUUUAUUUAUUUUUACUUCUUUCUUUCAUUCUUUCAUUCAUUUUUCCUUCUUUGUUUUAUUCAUUUUCUCUCUUCCUUUUAUUCAUUUUUCCCUUUUUUCUUUCUUUCAUUUAUUUUUCCUUCUUUCUUACGUUCAUUCAUUUUUCCCUUUUUUCUUUCUUUCAUUUAUUUUUCCUUCUUUCUUCCUUUCAUUCAUUUUUCCCUUUUUUCUUCCUUUCUUUCAUUUAUUUUUCUUUCUUUUUUGCUUUUAUUCAUAUUUCCCUUUUUUCUUUCUUUCAUUUAUUUUUCUUCUUUCUUCCUUUCAUUCAUUUUUCCCUUUUUUCUUUCUUUCAUUUAUUUUUCCUUCUUUCCUCCUUUCAUUCAUUUUUCCCUUCUUUCUUUCUUUCAUUUAUUUUUCCUUCUUUCCUCCUUUCAUUCAUUUUUCCCUUCUUUCUUUCUUUCAUUUAUUUUUCCUUCUUUCUUCCUUUCAUUCAUUUUUCCCUUUUUUCUUUCUUUCAUUUAUUUUUCCUUCUUCUUCCUUUUUCUUUUUUCAUUCAUUUUUCUUUAUUUUUUUCUUUCCUCCUUUCAUUUAUUUUUCCUUUUCUUUUUUCAUUUAUUUUUCUUCUUCAUUUUUUUCCCUUUUUUUUUUCUUUUUCAUUUAUUUUUCCUUCUUUCUUCCUUUUCAUUCAUUUUUUCCUUUUUUCUUUCUUUUUUUUUUUUUUCCUUUUCCUUUUUUUUUCUUUUCUUUUCUUCCUUUUUCAUUCAUUUUUCCCUUUUUUUUUUCUUUUUCAUUUAUUUUUCCUUCUUUCUUCCUUUUCAUUCAUUUUUCCUUUUUUUUUCUUUCUUUUCAUUUAUUUUUCCUCCUUUUCUUCCUUUUAUUCAUUUUCCCUUUUUUCUUUCUUUUUUCUUUCAUUUAUUUUUUUUCCUUUCUUUUUCCUUUUUAUUCAUUUUCCCCUUUUUUCUUUCUUUCAUUUAUUUUCCUUCUUUCCUCCUUUCAUUCAUUUUUCCCUUUUUUCUUUCUUUCUUUCAUUUAUUUUUCUUUCUUUCUUGCUUUUAUUCAUUUUUCCCUUUUUUCUUUCUUUCAUUUAUUUUCCUUCUUUAUUACUUUCAUUCAUUUUUCCCUUUUUUCUUUCUUUCAUUUAUUUUUCCUUCUUUCCUCCUUUCAUUCAUUUUUCCCUUUUUUCUUUCUUUCAUUUAUUUUUCCUUCCUUCUUCGUUUCAUUAUUUUUUCCUUCCUUCUUCCUUUCACUUAUUUUUUCUUCUUUCUUUCAUUCAUGUUUUCCUUAUUUCUUCCUUUCAUUCUUUUUUCUUCUUUCUUACUUUCCUUUGUUAUUCCUUCUUUCUUUAUUUCAUUCAUUUUUCUUUCUUUCUUUUAACCGUUUUCUGUCAUUUUUGUGUUUGCUUUCUAUUCGUGUCUUCUUCAUUCUUUUUUUUUCAUUGUGUUCUUCUUCAGACAAUCUUUAUCUUUUUUACUCUUUCAUUCAUUUUUUUUUUAAAAUUUUGCCUUCCUAAUUGCAUUUCAUUCGUUUUUCUCUCAUUCUUUUUUUUUUUUUUUUACUUUUUCUUCUUCUUUUAUUAA